AACAUUAACUUGCUCGCUGAGCAAAACAAGUUUUUUAUAAAAGCUAAAAUAAGUUUCUAAUUCAACAUUUUAUUGAUUUCCACGAAUUAAAAAUAACUCGAUCGUAGCGCUUAGGAUCACGGAACGCAAAACUUUGGAACGCUGGAUUGCGGAGGAAGGACAUUAACGACACAGCAACUAACCUACGUACUACCUGUCAUUCCAGUCGCACCAGGUUUUUGACUUUUAUUCGGCAGUAGGCUUCAGAUAGUCGAUAGGUUUAGAUAGAAAAAAGUAGUUUUUUAAUUUUACAAAAUUUAAAAUUUUUAUAGAAAACAAACAAAAAAAAAUUUUAAAGCACAAAUUAAGGUCUCAGCGCAUGUCGCCAUCGCAAGUAUAAAGAUAUGAGCAGCAGGCGAACGAUGGGCUCUGGUGGUGGUUCCACUCACACAGGGGGUCCCUGCAAUCCAUUCGGAACCCAUGAUUCUGAGAUAAUUCCCAGACCAUAUGAACUAAUGCGUCAACGCAACUGCAAAGCCGAGAAAUUCAUACCUUUCGAACGGUAUCCCAGCAUCCGACCGCCGAUGUCCAGGUGCAGUUACGAUCAGACAAAGAACUGGCUGUUGGAAUCGGUUGAUCAGGGAGGCUGCUUGGACCAUAACACCAGCAGGCAGGACGCCCUCCAAAUUUGGAGGAUGAGUCCGCACAAGUCCCUCAGUUAUUAUGGUGUUGCCGAUGAGUUGAACCAACCGGAAGCCGUCAAGUUCAACAGGGCUUUGACAAGCAGCCUGGAACAUGCCUUCGGUCCAAGAAGACGGGUUCCCAAGCUGUCACCGAAUUCUCCAGCACCAACAGGACCGCCCCAACCCGCUCCUUUAUGUCAGCCCCACAUCCUCAAUCGCGAGGCCCUGAGAUCGGAGCUCCAAAAAAUGCCCGUGGUGCGGCACAAACUUAAUCCCAAGGAGGCUCUUGAAACGUUAUUCUGCGAAAAGCCCCUGGAUCCUAUGGACCCUUUAGGCGUGGAUGCGGCAUCCACUAAAAGGGAGAGCUUGAGAGGAGCCCUGGAUAUGGAGAAACCAGAAUCAAAAGCUCAAAAUCACGGUCUGAGACGUAAUCACUGGUACUGCCCAGCGAAAUGUAGUGAUCCGGAAAACAAGUGCACGGCCUACGAGUGGGCCAAGUACAAGUUGGACUCACGACCCUACGACGAUGCCUUCCGCAAGUGGUUCCUCGAGCAGAAAGUGAAGCCAACAGAGAGGGAGCCGCACGACUACGAUGAGCUCUAUAAGCGUUUUCAAGCCUGCUUCGAGGUUAAACCCCAACCAGAUCCCGAUUGCGUGGCCUUUGCGAAGUGUUGUGCGGAUAUGGUCAAGAAAGUAAAAGAAGAGGGCGAUGUUGGAUUAGUAGGCGGAGGAGGUGGUGGAGGAGUUGGAACAGGAGGAGGUGGAGGUGGAGGAGGAGCAGUAGGAGGAGGAGGAGGAGGGAGGAGGUGGAGCAGUAGGAGGAGGAGGAGGAGGAGGAGGAGGUGGAAAAGGAGAAGGAGCAGGAGGAGGUGGAGGAGGCAAAGGCACUGGCGGAGGAUAUGGUGGAGGCCAAUCUGGUCCUGGUCCUGCACCUGAAGGAUCCACCAAGCCAACUGGUGAUGGGAAUAAAGAAAAUAUAGAAAAGAAUACCGGCAAGGAUAAGGACAAGGAUAAAGGCAAAGAUAAAGGCAAAGAUGAAGGCAAGGAUAAAGCCGAUAAGGAAAAUGAUCAGAAAAAUGAUAAGGGAAAAGAUAAGGGAGCAGAUAAGGGAAAAGAUAAGGGAAAAGAUAAGGGAAACGUUAAGGGAAAUGAUAAGGGAAAUAGUAAGGAUACGGACAUGAG